AUGUUUUCUGAGGCAUCAUCAGCGUUUUCUUCGGACGCUUCCUACCUUGCUUCGCAUGGUACACAGUGGAAAUUAAAUUCUCCUGUAGUUCCUCACUUUGGAGGUUUAUGGGAAGCUGCAGUUAAGUCGACAAUAUUGCAUCUUCGUCGAGUCAUUGGAGACUCUACAUUGAAGUUCGAAGAAAUGACAACUCUUUUAACACAAAUUGAGGCUUGCCUUAAUUCUCGGCCUCUCAGAGCUCAACGUUCUUCCAAAUCGAUUGACUCGCUGGAAGUUGAUCCAGCAAAUGCGGGAUCAUUUUUGCAAGCGCUGCGCUGGUCAGCUGAAUAUUUAAAAGAACCUCAACCUCGAUCCAAGUGGACUACUUCAUCGCCAUCCAUACAGAUUGGAGAUUUAGUUCUCAUUCGAUAUGAGCACCUUCCACCAACUCAAUGGCCUAUGGAUCGGGUUCUGCAGCCUCAUCUUGGCAAGGAUGGCCUAGUUCGGGUUGUUACUCUCAAGACAAAGACUAGCACACUCGAUUAG